AUGUUCGGUUGUGGCAACUAUCCAGCAUUCCCGGCCAUCCUUCGAUCGAUCGAAAUCGAGUGUGUGGCUAACGUUGCCCGACUGCGUCACCACCCUUCUAUUGUCAUAUACGCUGGCAACAACGAAGACUACCAGGUGCAAGAGUCAUUCGGCCUAACAUACAAAUAUGAAGACAAAGAUCCAGAGAGCUGGCUCAAGACCGAUUUCCCUGCGAGAUAUAUAUAUGAGAAGCUCCUGCCCGACGUUGUUGCUGCCGAAAGUCCGCAUGUACCAUACCACCCUGGUAGUCCCUGGGGAGAUGGUUUGCGUACCUCAAACAACACGGUCGGUGACAUGCACCAAUGGAACGUAUGGCACGGUACCCAAGAAAAAUACCAAAUUUUCGACACGCUCGGCGGACGGUUCAACAGCGAAUUUGGCAUGGAAGCAUUUCCUCAUAUUGAUACUAUCAAGUACUAUUGCACGGACCCGAAGCAACUCUAUCCUCAGUCGCAUAUGCUGGAUUUCCACAACAAAGCCGAUGGCCACGAACGAAGGAUUGCAACGUACUUGGUGGAGAAUUUCAGAACACAGACUGAUUUAGAAUCAUUUAUCCAUCUGACGCAACUAUCCCAAGCCGAGGCCUUGAUGUUCGGAUACCGUGGUUGGCGAAAGCAGUGGGGUCAGCAGCGCUACUGCGGCGGUGCAUUGGUCUGGCAGCUGAAUGACUGCUGGCCUGUUACAUCAUGGUCGAUUAUCGAUUACUUCCAGCGAAAGAAGCCUGCAUACUACGCCAUGAGACGGGCCUUGGCACCGGUUGCAGUGGCCGUCAAGCGGGCACACUUUGACUGGAGCGUGGUUCAUGCUCGCGUACCGAAGACCAGCGAUUACGAGGUGUGGGUGGCGAGCAAUCAGCCAGCUGAACUAACUGCAACUGUUGAGCUUCGCUUCGUGUCGAUUGCGACAGGCAAGGAAAUUAAGGAAAAGUUGGUCAAGCAGGACAUCAAGCUGGUGGCGAACGGGACCACCGACGUGCUAUCCGGGUCCAUCGACAACGUGACGGAAGAGCCUCAUGUUCUGGCCGCCAGGAUCUGGGUCAACGGCGACAUCGUAUCGCGCGACGUCGACUGGCCGCAGCCGCUCAAGUACCUCGACUUGGAAGACCGGGGCGUUGAAGUCAGGCCUCAGGGCGACACGAUCCUGGUCAAAGCAUCGAAGCCCACAAAGGGACUAGUGUUCGAAGAGAGGGCAGGUGUGUUGGUGCAUGACAGUGCCGUCGAUGUGGUGCCGGGAGACGAACAGAUGAUCAAGGUGAGGGGGCUUGCGAAGGGCGACAGGCAUCUGAAGUGGACAUAUCUGGGUCGCACUUGA